GUGUGUGUGCAGUCUGCCGGGCCCUGCGCUUCGGAUUAUUUCGCAGUGAGUGGUACUGCUGCGCCUUGGUGGCACAGAGCGACGCCACUAUAUUCUAUCGCCCCCCGCUUACAUUCCGAAGACCACCCAAUAAUCGAGAAUCCGGUCAUCCACGCUGCAACCGCCAUGAAAGGAUUUCUUCUUGGACAAGCCAUCGCCCUUCUCCAUGUCUCGGGGGGUAGUGUUGCUUUAGCCUCCGGAAAAGAGUACGGCAAUAAUGAAACGGGAUUCGGCGCCGUGCGUCCGCGAUGCAUUUCUCUCCGCAGCGGAUGCGUACAAAACAACGAGGAGCCGGAAGUGUCCAACGGGGCACGGCCCAGACGAUUGCAGGUCAUUGAUUCCUGUGAACUUUGGGAGUGCGGUGCGGGGUACGCCAACAUCACGGGGGAAUGUCUCAACAUAUCUGGACGUAGAUUGUUUUCAGAUGACAGAACCGAUGACGACUUUCUGAGCGACGAUGAGUACACCGUGGACGACGAUGACUACACAUCCGAAAUCCCUUCCUGCAGUCAGGCGGUUUGCUGUGAACGUGUGAACACUCCAGGGCCAAUCCCUGAACCAACUGCCCCGACUCCAUUGCCAACUUCAACUACCCCGACUCCAUCACCAACUCCAACGCCAAGCUCAACGCUACCCCAAGCGCCAACUCCUGCUCUAACUCCUGUGCCAACUCCUGCGCCAACUCCUUCAUCCGCCCGCACGUGCAGCAAUGGCCUCGAAGGCAUCGAUGCGAACGGCGUGGUAUGCUGUCCGCUGGCAUGUGGUCAGUGCGGAGGGACGGGGUGCAACACGUCUGGAGCUGCGUUCGGUCUUGACGGUAGUUCGUGCUGCGGGGGAGGGGUGAAGGCUAGCGACGAAUACUGCGACGAGACCAACGAAGCCCCCUGCAUCAUCGGAAGCCGCCCCACACCCAGCCCCACGUCCGCGAACACGUGCAGCAACGGCCUUGAAGGCAUAGACGGGAACGGAGUGGUAUGCUGUCCGCUGGGCUGUGGGCAAUGCGGAGGGACGGGAUGCAACACGUCUGGAGCUGCGGCCGGUCUUGACGGUAGUUCGUGCUGCGGGGGAUCGAUAAAGGCUAGCGGCAAAUACUGCGACGAGACCAACGACGCCCCGUGCAUAAUUGGAAGCAGCCCUGCACCCAGCCCCACCCCCUCCGAAACUUGUAGCAACGGUGUUGAAGGCAUCGACGGGAACGGCGUGGUAUGUUGUCCGCUGGGUUGUGGCCAGUGCGGAGGGGCGGGAUGCACCACCUCUGGCGCCGCGGCCGGUCUUGGUGCUGACUCCUGCUGCGGGGGAUCGAUAAAGGCUAGCGACGAAUACUGCGACGAGACCAACGAAGCCCCCUGCAUCAUCGGCAGCCGCCCAACGUCGGGUUCCAUUUGAUGCACGCUUGCAUUCCUGGAGAGUGGACGCCGGGGCGUCGUGGAACAGCGUGUGGCCGCACAGUGGCGACAUGUGCAACCAAGCCGUGUACCCGCGUGAAGGGGGCAGACGAAAGAUGGUGCUCAGAGAGUUUUCCACGUUUGUCUGCAUUUUGGCUUUGAUGCGGUCCUGAUGCCUGACCUCCUGCAGAGUCAGCCGCGCUCGCUAAUUCUUAGGUUUCCGUCCAGAAAACGUCACGGACGUGUCUUUUUUAGACGGCCUAUACGCGGUACGCAUUCGUCCGCCGCCUUGCAGCGCACGUCCAGCCUCCCGCGCAUGCAGCUAUGCGCUUAGACAUGGCCAAAAGAAUGUGCGAAUAUUAACAACGUUUCCGACUUUUUGUGGCAGAGAGUUCACGUAAGUAACUUUGUUGGCCCUUGCCGGCUCCCAUACGCUUGACGUAUCAUGUCCACCCUAGGUUGUUGACAUUGUGACGGAAUAUUGUCAUGAUUGAUUGUGUUCUCGAUCGUCCGUGUAAAUAAAACACUGGAGGGUCCUCAGCAGCACGAAGCCGAGUUCUCUAUCGUUCAUUCCUGGAAUAUUGGUUGAGCUGCCACCUUGUAUUGUACACGAAGGGCGAUCGGCCAAUGGCUAUCGGGAUGGGCGGGACCACGGGUGGGUGCUUGCACCGCGUUCCGCGGGCCGCUCUGUGGACGGCGUGCGAAUGGUCACGACUGAUGGGCUGGCAUGUUGGCUCCAAAAACAUAACACCGCCGUGUAGUAAGUGAUGAUCUUGCUCGCGAUGGCAAUGUUGAUUCACAAGUUUGUGACAGGAGCUGGUGUGAAUUAUUGAGUACGACGUGUCCAAACGUCGCAUCUAUGCACACUAAUCUUAGUCGUUUCCACUGACCACUGCCGAAGUAUGAGCAACGAGGAACAUGUGACACAAUUUUGGUCGUCUGUGAAGUCGGCCUUGUUCCAGUCCAAAGCAGAAGUGUGUUAUUCGUUGGACGCCGGUAGUUUUUUUCUUUAGUUUUACCUUUGCUUGUUUUGGUAGAUGCCCUCAGCGGUACAGUAGUACGAUCAUUUUGGAGUCAAUCAGUCGGACAAGAGAGGGAGACAGACAGAUACGAAAACAGCAGAGAUGCUGUGUACCACUCCUCGGAGUUAAUAUAUCUGACCGAUGCCAUGCCGAAACAUUUACCCCCCCAAACAGACGCACUUAGUGUUUUGGUAUACCCGUUCCGCAUUGUAUGCUGUGAGAGAGUUGUUUAUACACCAAGGGUCGGCCCGUCAUCUACGUUCAACUAUAUCUUGAUGUAGCGAGGGUGGUGUAGGACUGUGUGCAGCGUGCUUCGGCUGCAGUGUUGUUUGGGUUAGGCCAGAGAACUGCUGUAGUACGUACCUGUCAGCUUACAUCCCAUCGAGUACUUCGUUCACAUGUGUUGCCCCCAUCGAUUAGUGAGGAAUGCGGUGAGGUGAUUCGUUGAGUGAAGAAUAUAUGCGCAUGAAGGCGACAAUAAAUGGAAAACGCCGAUUGUUCUGCAUUUCUAGAGAGAGAGCAAGAGUUCGAUAGAGGGAUGUUCAGCGAUAGGCGUUGAGGAUGGGAGAAGCAAUUGCGUCAAAGACUUCGUUCGGUAUUGCUCAAUUUGAUGGACUUACCCUCCCAGGGAGAAUGGAAUUACGUGUGUGGUGCUUCACGAGUCAACGCAUUAUUCACCUUACCGACGACCUAUUCAUGACCGGGCGCCGUUACCAAAGUGACUGACGAUAUGCUUGGCGGCGUGUCAUGCACUUUCGAAAUAUCAACG